AUGUCGAAUUUACCUUCUCCAACUACUUCAAAUUCGGGUAGUAGCUUUUUCAGUGGAGCUAAAAAUCGUCCUCCUGCAAGCGCAUAUAUUAAAUCUAGCAAAAGUGUUUCUUUCUCUUAUGCUAGUGAUAAUAGUUCUUUUCAACUUGGAAUAUUAGGUGACUCUGAUAGUUAUUUAGUUGGUACAUUACAUUUAAAUUAUGGAAAACAAUAUCAAGUUAGAAAUAUUGUCCUUAAUCUUAAAGGAAUUGAAAAAACUAUUUGGUAUAAAGCUCAAGCUAGAACAAAAGCUCUUUAUACUGGUGAACAAGUUGUUGUUGAUCAUUCUCAAGAAAUUUGGAAAUCUGAUGAUAAAGUUGUUUUAAAUUUAGACGUCCCUUUUAAAAUUAAACUUCCUUAUAAUUUACCUGAAACUAUUACUACUGAACUUGGUACUGUUAAUUAUGUUCUUCGUGCCACUAUUAAUCGUAAAGGUGGUUUAAUGUCUUCUUCUACCCAAAUUGUUGAAAUUCAAUGUCCUUUAAAAAGAACUUUAACUUUAGAUAAUUCUAAUCUUACUCCUUAUAAAUUACGUGGUGAAUCAAGAAGUGGUGUUGAUUAUUCUUUUAUUUUACCUCCAAAUAAGAAUUUCAAUCUUGGUACUUAUGUUACUAUUCCAAUAAGAAUGAAAUUCGUACGUCCUGGUGUUAGUGUUGAAAGAAUUGAAUUAGCUUUAAAAUGUUGUAUGGAUUUUAGAUGUAGUAAUCCAAAUGAAACUCGUCAUGUUAAAGAAAAUGUUGUUUCUUUAGCUAUUCCUCGUCAAGAAAUUAGAGCUCCUAAUUUGGAUGGUGAAUAUACUCAUACUGUCAACUUAUUUAUUCCACGUAGUGUUCAACCUACAUAUUCUGGUCGUUUUAUUAGUAUUACCCAUCAAUUUUAUAUAAAAUUCUGUCUUUGGGGUGCAAAUGACGAUUUUCAAGUUGAAGAAAUAUAUCCAACUUAUGCUGAAGGUUAUUAUCCUGCAUACGAUCCCGAAGAAGUUGGUACUGCUGUAUAUUUAGAUUAUCAAAAUGAACUUAAUUAUAAACUUAACCUGCAUAAUCCUCCACAACUUCAUGCUCUCAAUACUUCUCCUUAUCUUUAUAAUUCAAAAGAUGGCCAAGAUGGUUAUAAUGAUUUAUAUCCACCUGGUUUAGCUUCAGCGUUAAAUGCUAAUGAUCUCUGGUAUAGACAACAAUUAGCUGCUCUUCAUCAUCAACAACAACUUUAUAAUAAAAAAAGUCAAAUGCCUCCU